AUGCGUCGUGGAUUGCUGUCUCUGCUGCUGGUAGUGCUGGCGAUGCUGGCUGCUGCGGGUCUGGCAGAAAUGAAGCCGGAGGACGUGGACGACGAUUUAUUGGUUGAGGAAGAAGAGACGCUGGAAACGACGGACGAGACGGAUGCCAAACCGGUGCAAGAGAUGGACCCGCGUCUGACACCUGAUGCCAUUGAAAAGAUCUUGUCCAAAAGCUCGGCUAAAUGCCGCAAACAGAUUCAGGAGAACCCGAUGGAUACUUCCAAAGUGUCCGAUCGCUGUCGUGCAGAGAUAUCGAGUCGCGUCCAGCGAUACCUGGCACGUUUGGAUAAGGAGGAGAAUGGCGAGACGGAAGAGAAGAAGAAGAAUGAAACCCCGACGAAGAAGACGAAGAAACAUCGUAGCCGCAAGAGCAAGAAGCAAACACGUGCUCAACGUAAAGCUGCGGCGAAGCAGAAGAAGGAGGAAGAGUACCAGAAGACGCUGCAGACCAUUGUUGGCUUUGUUGUAACACUUGUGGUCGUCAUUGCCAGUGCCAUGUUCUUCAUCAACCGCAAGCUCAAGGAUGCUGGAAUGUACUUCCCUGACCCCGACACUAAGGCGACGUGCUGCAACUAG